CCACCGGGGGAAGGGCGGGGAGAAGAGCCCGCCCUUGCCCUGCCCCGUCGCAGUCCCCAACCAGGUCGGACCGCUGGCAAUAUAGUGCCGCGCUGGCGCCUGUUCCAGCCACACGCCGGUUGGGUCGGGAGAGUAGUAGACCAUGUCUGGCAGAGGCAAAGGCGGGAAGGGGCUCGGUAAGGGCGGCGCUAAGCGCCACCGCAAGGUGCUGCGCGACAACAUUCAGGGCAUCACCAAGCCGGCCAUCCGCCGCCUGGCUCGGCGUGGCGGUGUGAAGCGCAUCUCGGGUCUCAUCUACGAGGAGACGCGUGGCGUAUUGAAGGUCUUCCUGGAGAACGUGAUCCGCGAUGCUGUCACCUACACGGAGCACGCCAAGAGGAAGACGGUGACUGCCAUGGACGUGGUCUAUGCCCUGAAGCGGCAGGGACGCACCCUCUACGGUUUCGGCGGCUAAACUCCAUUUCUGGGACAGAUCACUUUUUCAGAACACAAAGGCUCUUUUCAGAGCCACCCACGCGUUCAAGAGAAGAGCCUUAAUCACGGGUAGUGUUUAUGCUUUGCGUUUUAAUGGUCGUAGUAAAAUAGAGGGAGCAGUAA